GCUCAGCACACAGAAACAUGCCUUGACCCAAUGUGCACUUUCACGUUACAGGAAUGGUUGGAAUUUUGCGGACUGUAGACGUUCUGGAUCGUUUGGAAUAAUUUUCCGAAUGAGAUGCGCGUGAGCCAUGGAAUUACCACUGAUAUGGAUGUGCUUUGGAUUACUUAUUAAUCUCCCACCGUUUGGAUGCGUGGAUUUGCAUCUAUCAGGGUCCCUCCAGCCUGGUGCAACACUGGCAAAUGUAUCAAUCGGACCAGAAUGGACGUACAGAAUCGACAGAAGUCUAACAGAUAAGUCUUUACGACACUUCGUGAAGAUCGGGAGAAGUGAUGGGCUGCUAUCUGUCGCGCGCAAAAUUGACUGCACUCGUUUACCGAGAAAUCCCGUGCCACUGUAUUUGCGGAUUAAAUCACUGCUUUCGGAAAACUUCAUACUGCUUCAUUUCAAUACAUUCGUGCAUGGUCAGAACUGCUUCAUCAAAUACAAAAGAAAAAAUCUUAAUCCAGAUGCCUACAUGUAUCUGUUGACUGGGUAUGAGACAUGUUUUUCUUUGGACUCCUUACCCAUCAACAUUUACGAACGUUUGCCUGUAUCCAUGCAGAAUUCCCAAAUGUUUCGCGGUAGGUGCGUAGAGAAAGACCAGCGGCGUGUUAUUUCCCUCACAGGCGCGAACCUCUGUUUACCUCAUAAGCAGCGAGAUGAGGCAAAUGUGCUUUGUUUAAUGCCUAACUCACUAAAUAGCUCUUUAUUUGUAGAUGUUAAGUUACAUUUAAGCAGAGAACACACUGGCAGUGAAUUAGACCCGUGGGCUAAACGUCAAAAAAGAAACGUGAACUCCGCUCCUCAGUUUCAGCUCCCAAACUACCAUGUAUCGGUGCCAGAGAAUGAGCCCUCAGGAACGCGAGUCAUUACCCUCAAAGCGUUCGACGCCGAUGACGGAGACGCCGGUGUUAUCGAAUACGAUAUGGAAGCUCUUUUUGACAGCCGCUCUAACAAUUUAUUUCAAAUUAACCCUGAGACGGGAGGUAUAACUACUCUACAGCCUCUAGACAGGGAAGUUAAAGACACUCAUGUGUUUAAAGUUACUGCUACUGAUAGAGGAACCCCUAAAAGAUCAGCUAUCGCCUACCUCACUAUUACAGUCAGUGAUACUAACGACCACGCGCCGGUUUUCGAACAGAAUGAGUAUAGGGUUAGUAUUCGAGAAAAUGUUGAAGUAGGCUUUGAGGUGAUGACUAUUAGGGCUACAGAUGGAGAUGCGCCCUCUAAUGCCAAUAUGAUUUAUAAGAUUGUGAAUGAUGAAGAGGUGAACGCUUACUUUGAAAUUGAUCCAAGAAAUGGGUUGGUCAAAGCCAGAGUCAGACCAGACAGAGAAGUCAAAACCCAGUAUAGGCUUUUUGUUGAAGCUAACGACCAGGGCAGAGAGCCCGGGCCACGUACCGCCACAGCCACGGUGCACAUUUUUAUAGAGGAUGAGAAUGAUAACUACCCUCAGUUUAGCGAAAAGCGAUAUGUAGUUCAAGUUCCUGAAAACAUAGCCGUGAACUCUCAAGUGGCUGUGGUGAAGGCUACGGAUAAAGAUGCUGGAAAUAAUGCGAAAGUGCAUUACAGCAUCAUCAAUGGGAAUAUAAAGGGACAGUUUUACAUACACUCCCCUACGGGAAUCAUUGAUGUUAUCAGCCCUUUAGAUUAUGAGAUGAUAAGAGAGUACACACUGAGAGUGAAAGCUCAAGAUGGAGGACGGCCGCCUCUUAUUAAUGGCACAGGUAUGGUUGCAAUCCAAGUGUUAGAUGUCAACGAUAAUGCACCCAUGUUUGUCAGCACGCCUUUUCAAGCCUCAGUGUUAGAAAAUGUUCCUGUAGGUUACUCUGUGUUACACAUCCAAGCUAUCGAUGCUGAUUCAGGUGACAAUGCUCAUUUGGAAUACAAGCUGACCGAUACAUCACCUAGUUUCCCAUUCAUUAUCAAUAACAACACCGGAUGGAUUACAGUUAGUGCUGAGCUGGACAGGGAGACUACAGAGUUUUACAAUUUUGGUGUUGAGGCCAGAGACCACGGGGUUCCUACAAUGUCAUCUUCAGCUAGUGUAAGUGUCACUAUACUAGAUGUAAACGACAAUGUCCCAACCUUCACGCAGCACUUGUAUAACCUAAAAGUCAAUGAGGAUGCAGUUGUGGGCACCAGUGUGCUUACAGUCACUGCUGUAGACAGGGAUGUAAACAGCGUGGUCACAUACCAAAUAUCUAGUGGGAACACUCGGAACAGGUUUGCUAUUACCAGCCAGAGCGGAGGGGGACUUAUUACUUUAGCGCUACCUCUGGACUACAAGCAAGAACGGCAGUAUCUCUUAACAAUCACUGCCUCGGAUGGUACGCGCCACGACACAGCUCAAGUCUUCAUUAAUGUGACUGAUGCCAACACCCAUCGACCAGUAUUUCAAAGUGCCAACUACCAGGUUUUAGUGAGCGAGGACCGACCCGUAGGCUCCAGAGUCGUGGUCAUCAGUGCCACUGAUGAAGACACUGGUGAAAACGCCCGCAUCACUUAUGUAAUGGAGGACAAUGUGCCACAGUUCAAAAUUGAUCCUGACACUGGUGCCAUCACGACUCAAAUUGAGAUCGACUAUGAAGAUCAGGCCUCCUACACGCUAGCCAUCAUUGCCCGAGACAACGGCAUCCCCCAGAAAUCAGACACAACCUAUGUAGAGAUCAUUGUUCUUGAUGCCAACGACAAUGCACCCCAGUUCCUCCGGGACAUCUACCAGGGAACAGUGUUUGAGGAUGCACCAGUAUACACAAGUGUACUCCAGGUAUCCGCUUCAGACAGAGACUCUGGAUCUAACGGUCGACUCAGCUACACCUUUCAGGGAGGGGAUGAUGGUGAGGGGGACUUUUUUAUUGAGCCUUAUUCUGGGAUCAUCAGAACGGCCCGCAAGCUAGACAGGGAAAAUGUUGCAUUGUAUAGCCUCAAGGCAUUUGCGGUGGACAAAGGAGUGCCCCCUCUCAAAGCAGCUGUGGACAUUCAUGUGUCUGUGCUGGACAUAAAUGACAAUGCCCCUGUGUUUGAGAAGGACGAAUUGUACUUUUACGUGGAGGAAAACAGUGCAGUAGGAUCCACUCUUGCCCGCGUAAGUGCCACAGACCCAGAUGAAGGUACCAACGCCCAGAUCCUGUACCAGAUUGUAGAGGGCAAUAUUCCUGAAGUCUUCCAGCUCGACAUCUUUAGCGGAGAUCUAAUCGCCCUUACUGACCUAGACUUUGAGACCAAGAUGGAGUAUAUAAUAGUGGUCCAGGCCACUUCAGCCCCGCUUGUCAGCCGGGCCACUGUACAUGUCCUCCUAGUAGAUGUCAAUGACAACAUCCCAGUUCUACAGGAUUUUGAGAUCAUUUUCAACAACUACAUUACCAAUAAGUCCAGCAGCUUUCCCACAGGAGUUAUUGGGAAGGUGCCUGCUCGUGAUCCAGACGUGUCCGACAAGCUCCUCUACACAUUUGUUGAGGGAAAUGAGCUCAACCUGCUGAUUCUCAAUCAAGACACUGGGGAGCUAAAGCUGAGCAAGGACUUGGAUAACAACAGGCCGCUUGAGGCUACAAUGAGGGUGACGGUUUCAGAUGGACUCCACCAGGUCUCGGCCCUCUGCACCCUACGGGUGACCAUCAUAACGGACGACAUGUUGACGAACAGCAUCACCGUUCGUCUGGAGAACAUGUCUCAAGAGCGUUUCCUCUCCCCUCUGCUGUCUCUCUUUACUGAAGGCGUAGCCGCAGUCUUGUCCACCAGUCCUGACGGUGUCUUCGUCUUCAAUGUCCAAAAUGACACGGACGUUAGCGGCAGCAUUGUCAACGUCACUUUCUCGGCCCUGCUCCCGGGUGGAGCUCCGGGACGUUAUUUCCCGUCAGAGGAGCUGCAGGAGCAGCUGUAUCUGAACCGUACGUUGUUGACGUUGAUCUCGACUCAGCGCGUCCUGCCGUUUGAUGAUAAUAUCUGUUUGCGGGAGCCCUGUGAGAACUACAUGAAGUGCGUAGCUGUUCUGAAGUUUGACAGUACGGCUCCCUUCGUGGCGUCCAACACAGUUCUCUUCAGGCCCAUACACCCCAUGAACGGGUUACGCUGUCGAUGUCCUGACGGUUUCACUGGAGACUACUGUGAGACAGAGGUGGACCUUUGUUACUCAGGCCCAUGUCAGAACAACGGGAAGUGCCGCAGUCGAGAGGGGGGAUACACCUGUGAGUGCCCGCAAGAUUUUACAGGAGAGCGCUGUGAGGUGAAUGCGCGUUCAGGCCGAUGUGUUCCUGGUGUGUGUAAGAACGGUGGCAGGUGUGUGGACCUGCUGGUGGGAGGUUUCCUGUGCCAGUGUCCUGAUGGCGAGUAUGAGAAGCCCUACUGCGAGAUGACCACACGCAGCUUCCCUGGCCAGUCCUUCAUCACCUUCAGAGGCCUGAGGCAGAGAUUUCACUUCACCCUUUCCUUUACGUUUGCUACCAGGGAGAGAAACGCCCUGCUCCUAUAUAAUGGCAGGUUUAAUGAAAGGCAUGAUUUCAUUGCGAUUGAAAUUAUUGAAGAGCAAAUCCAGCUGACCUUCUCUGCUGGAGAAACUAAAACCACGGUGACUCCAUUUGUAGCUGGUGGGGUUAGUGAUGGACAAUGGCACAGAGUACAUCUACAUUACUACAACAAGCCCAAUAUAGGGCGUCUUGGCAUCCCUCACGGCCCCUCUGAGGAAAAGGUUGCUGUGGUUGCCGUCGAUGAGUGUGAUGUGGCCAUGGCUCUGCGUUUCGGGGGACAGAUUGGGAAUUACAGCUGUGCAGCCCGUGGCACCCAAACAGGCCAAAAGAAGUCAUUGGAUCUAACAGGACCUCUGCUCCUGGGUGGCGUCCCAAACCUCCCUGAGGAUUUCCCUGUACAGAACCGAGACUUUGUUGGCUGCAUUAGGAACCUGACAAUUGACAGCAAGCCCAUAGACAUGGCCAGUUUUAUUGCCAACAAUGGCACCUUAGCAGGUUGUGCAGCAAAACAUGACUUUUGUAGCCAGGUUGUUUGUCAGAAUGGAGGUGUAUGUGUGAAUAGAUGGAACACCCACACCUGUAACUGCCCAUUAGGCUAUGGAGGAAAGAACUGUGAACAUGUUAUGCCUGCUUCCCUGCAUUUCGAUGGCCACGCAUUGGUGUCAUGGAGCGAGACAGACAUCACCAUCGCUAUUCCCUGGUACAUGGGUCUUAUGUUUCGCACCCGAAAAAGCACAGGCGUUUUACUGCAGGCCAGUGCUGGAGAUUUUUCCAAGAUUAGUAUUAUGGUGAACAACAGACACCUUCGGUUCCAGGUGUUUCUGGGGGUCCGACGAGUGGCGCUCUUAGAUUUUCCUCAGGUAUGCGUGGAUAACGGUGAAUGGCACCAUGUGCUAGUAGAGCUCAAGAGUGGAAAAGAUGGCAAAGACAUCAAAUAUAUGGCUCUCGUGUCUUUGGACUAUGGCAUGUUUCAGAGGACAGUGGAGAUCGGUAACGAGCUGCCUGGGCUUAAACUGAGGAACUUGUUUAUCGGUGGACUGCUUAAGAAAGACAGCACUGUGCAGGCUGGAUUUACUGGCUGCAUGCAGGGUAUGCGAAUGGGCGAGACCUCCACCAACACUGCAAACAUCAACAUACGACAUGCGACGCGAAUCCGCGCGAAAGACGGAUGUAACAUACCCGAUGCAUGUCAGUCCAACCUGUGUCCAUCUCACAGCCGCUGCGCAGACAACUGGGCAUCCCACACAUGUGUCUGCGAGCCAGGUUAUUUUGGCAGGGACUGUAUGGAUGCGUGUCUCUUGAACCCUUGUGAACACACUUCCUCCUGUGUUCGUAAACCCAGCACCAAACGUGGCUACAGCUGUGAGUGUGGACACAAUUACUAUGGCCAAUACUGUGAGCACAAAGGGGACCAACCUUGUGCUCGCGGCUGGUGGGGAUACCCGACCUGUGGGCCCUGUAACUGCGAUGUCAGCAAAGGCUUCAAAAGGGACUGUAAUAAAACCACCGGAGAGUGUAGCUGCAAGGACAAUUACUUUCGGCCUCUUGGUGCAGACACUUGUUACCCGUGUGAUUGUUUUCACCUUGGAGCGCAUUCCCGGACAUGUGACCCUGUAACGGGCCAGUGCCCCUGUAAGAUGGGUGUGGUGGGUCGUCAGUGCAACCGUUGUGACAACCCCUUCGCAGAGGUGACAGUCGGGGGAUGUGUGGGUAUGUGUGAUGUCAACUGGCCAGGAUUAUUGUUGAAUGGUUUAUCAAUAUAUAUCCUCAUUUGUUGUUUGACAGGCACAGCUAUCCGUCAUUGCAGCGAUGAUAAAGGUUGGUUUCCACCUGAGCUCUUCAACUGCACUUCCCUCAGCUUUUCAAAGCUAAAGAAAGAGAGUGAGGAUCUUCAUGCUAAUGCUUCUCGAAUGGAUGGAGAAAGAUCAAAAAGCCUUGCAGGCCUGCUGCACUCUGCCACUGACCACACAGAUCGCCUCUUUGGGAAUGACGUGAGGACUGCCUACCAUCUUCUGGCCAGUGUGUUAGAGCAUGAGAGUCUGCAGCAGGGCUUUGAGCUCACCGCCACUCAUGAUGCCGAUUUCAACAAGAACAUCAUUAAAGCUGGAAGUGCCAUCCUUGACCCUGUCAACAAGGAGCACUGGGAGAAGAUUCAGUGCUCUGAUGGCGGGACGGCGCAUCUGCUGCACCACUUUGAGGAGUAUGCCAACACUCUGGUACAGAACAUGAGGAAGACCUACUUGAGACCCUUCACCAUCGUCACUGACAACAUGAUUGUGGCAUUAGAUUUUCUGGACUCCACUGCAAACCAAGACAAGAUUCCUCGAUUUCAGGAAGAUAAUGAGGUGUACUCAAAAGAGCUGGAGUCAUCUGUCCUGUUCCCAAACCUGCCGAAAAAGAGUAAAGAUGCUUUUACCACAGAGCCUCCAGCCGAGAUUGAACCAACUGAGUCUUUCAUCAGUGUGGACGGAUCAGAUACUGUUGAUUUAACACCAUCCAUUAAGAAAAGACGCCAUGCAGAACAGCCCGAUCCACCUGCUGUUGUGAUGGUGAUGAUCUACAGGUCUCUGGGUGGACUCCUUCCAGAGAGUUAUGAUCCGGACCGUCGCAGUCUUAGACUGCCCACUCGUCCUGUCAUCAACACUCCUGUAGUGAGCGUGGUGGUCCACAGGGACGGAGAGCCUCUCCCCACCCCACUCCAGAGACCCAUCACCCUGAACUUCAGGCUCCUGGAGACCCACGAGAGGACCAAACCUGUGUGCGUCUACUGGAACCACUCCAUCCUGGUUUCUGGUGGAGGCGCCUGGUCUUCUAAAGGCUGUGAGCUGGUCUUCAGAAACUCGACUCAUAUCAGCUGCCAGUGCAACCACAUGACCAGCUUUGCUGUCCUCAUGGACAUCUCCAAACGAGAGCAUGGUGAUGUUCUUCCUCUGAAAGUGGUGACCUAUACGACAGUGUCCGCCUCUCUGGUGGCCCUCCUCAUCACCUUCCUCCUGCUGGCCAUUCUUCGCAAGCUGCGCUCCAACCUACACAGCAUCCACAAGAACCUGGUGGCCGCCAUCUUUCUCUCUGAGCUCAUCUUCCUCACUGGCAUCAAUCAGACUGACAGUCCGUUUGUAUGUACUGUUGUGGCCAUUCUGCUACAUUAUUCGUGCAUGUGCGCAUUUGCCUGGAUGUUUGUGGAGGGGCUGCACAUCUAUCGCAUGCUGACCGAGAUGCGUAACAUCAACCAGGGCCACAUGCGCUUCUACUACGCCAUCGGCUGGGGGAUUCCUGCUAUUAUCACUGGUCUGGCUGUGGGUUUGGAUCCUCAGGGUUAUGGAAACCCUGACUUCUGUUGGCUCUCUGUUUAUGACACUCUUAUCUGGAGCAUCACAGGACCAAUCUCCAUAGUAGUGCUGAUAAAUACAGUCCUAAUUGUGCUGGCAGCCAAAGCCUCGUGUGGACGGCGCCAGCGAAUGGAAAAGUCAGGAGCAAUCUCUGCUCUUCGAGUGGCCUUCCUCCUCCUGUUGCUCAUCAGCGCCACCUGGCUGCUGGGUCUAAUGGCAGUCAACAGUGAUGUGUUGUCCUUCCACUACCUCUUUGCCAUCCUCAGCUGCUUGCAGGGCAUUUGCAUCUUCUUUUUCCACUGUAUUCUCAACAAAGACGUGAGGAGGAACCUUAAAAGUACCUUUACAGGGAAGAAAGUACCAGCUGAAGAUCCCAGUACAACACGGGCUACCUUACUCACACGUUCUCUGAAUGGUGACGUCUACACGGAGGAUGGAGGUCUGUACCGGACCACCAUUGGAGAGUCCACUGUUUCUCUACAGACCUCUGUUAGAUCAGGCAAGAGUCACGGCAGCAGCUACCUUGUUUCCACACUCAGGGAGAAGAAACGCAGCAUAUCGUCUAAUGGUGGAAAUGUGGGGCAUGACGAAGGAGACUCGUCGCUCUUCUUCCACAAGAGUAAAAAGGCAGAAGACUCGGAUUCGGACAGUGAGCUCUCAGUGGAUGAACACAGCAGCUCCUACGCUUCCUCCCACUCCUCGGACAGCGAGGACGAGGCCAGGCACUCCAGGACCAAAUGGAAUAACGAGAGAACGCCCAUCCAUAGCACUCCGAAAGUUGAUGCUGUGUCCGGUCAAGGGAAGCCAUACUGGCCGCAGGAGCCGCCCACAGCCAGUGAGGAGCCAGGUGGUCCAGAGAAACUGCGGGUGGAAACGAAAGUGAAUGUGGAGCUUCAUCAAGGGAAUAAAUUAAAUCACAAUGGAGAUGUGUCUCAAAGUGAGAGUUCACCCAGUCAGCCAAACAGCAACCAGUUACCCAGAAGAGGCAUUUUAAAGAACAAGAUGACAUAUCCACCCCCACUGACGGACAAGAACAUGAAGAACCGCUUGAGGGAGAAGCUUAGUGACUACAACCCACCCCAGAUCCCCCGAAAGACUCCAUCGGUGGGGUCAAACGAGGGGGUUCGCUCAGGAACCGAGGCCAACAGCAUCAUCAUCAAACCACCUCCAUUACCACCUCAGUCUGCACUGAACGGGAUGACCGUAGAGCUGGGCACGAGCCCCGUGACCCUGGCAGACAAAGACUUUGAUUCGGAUGGCAGCAAUGAAACAUCAAUCUGAGUCUUCAACUUGAAGGAUGCUGAAUGAACUGGAGCGGGUUUGAACCAGUUUCUGUGUCCCCACUAUUAUUAAAGCACAACAUUGUCCUGCUCUGAAAUAGUUUUUAGUAUUUAUAAAGGUUCAUUUAAUACAAAAGGAAGCCGGGCGCUAGCUAUCCCAGCAUUCCAAAGUGCUACAUUGUCCAAGUUGAGCAGAAAAGUUUUCUGACAUCGAAAAGGAUAAAGCUGAUCUGGAGUUACAGCAAAAGACUUUGAUAUUAUUUAGCAUU